AUGGGCUUCCGCCGCGCUGAACUAAUCCCAUCAUCCAACUCGGGUAUGGUCGAGUCGACAGUUGGCUUCAAGACGUUGCAAAUCAGUCUCUCGAAAGACGUUCAGAAUCCUCUCAAUCUAUCACUCAAGUAUCAGCUAGUCUUCCUGGAGAGUAGUGACUUUAGCACGAACCAAGUAUUUCCCAAAACCGGCACAAACCUGGGCAGCGAUGCAACGGUCGAUCCGGAUACCCUUCAACUCUUUGGCAAUGUCGAUACCAAGACAGCACAGCCUGUCCUCCUCAGCAACCCUUUCACCGAGAAAGCCGUUCACAACUUUGGUGUAACUACGGAUUACAAUGCCAACACCAUCUAG